GCUGAGGUGCUCGACGGACGAUACAUUCUCUCCAGUCAUCUUCAGAACGGUUCCAAGUUACACGUGGAUAUACAAGGCACCCACUUCUCAACUAUCCGCCAAGCCUAUUCGUUCCACGACAUGGAUACUGCCCACUCGAUCGUCGAGAGAGAAAUACAGAAGUUCGCGACCCCGACCAACUCGCUCUGUACCUUGAUGGCACUCCCUGUCAGGAAAAGGAUUUGACACACCAGCGUCGGCAAAACAACCGUAUGAAGGCUUUAAAGUUGGUUGAGAGCGACAUCGACGUACUCAAGGUUCGGGUGAAGGAGAAGUUGCGUGUGAGGAAGCAGUUGUUUUUUCGCCUGAAGAAAAACUUGGCGAAGGGGUUCUAUUGGACAUUCGAGGCUCGACAAGCGUUUGCAGCGUAUUUACAACAGAGAGGGUGGUCUGUAGAAGUGUGCCCGACCGAGGCGGAUCUCAAAAUUGCGCAAGACUGUUUGCCCGGAGACGUUGUCCUAUCGCGAGACAGUGAUAUGCUCCUUUACCAACACAUUUCGAUCAUCUGGCGACCAAUAUCAAGAGGACGCAUCCUUGCGUACAACGUCCCCGAUGUCCUGACUACUCUUGGAAUCAACAGGACGCAACUCAUAGUCUUGGGUGUGGUCUCAUCGAACGACUACAACGCCAACGUUCCUUCAUUGGGAUGUGUAACGAAUUUCAGUAUCAUUAAGCAGUUAAAGGGAGAGGAUGGUGCAAGAGUACCUGUCGAACAGUCGUGUCAUUCUCAAAAACGACAAGAAAUUGACCUUUGCGACCUCUCUACAGGUGUUUGUGCACCAUAAGCAGACACCAUUGCAGCAUGUGCAGCAAGCUCAGUCCCACCAGAUGCUGCAAUACGAGGAACUUUGGUCUACGUUUCGCCGUCUGCAAAUGGAAUGCAUUGACAAUGGGAAAGAACGGCGCGAUAACAUUCAAGCCAGGAAACGACGCAUGAUAAUGAAUCCCAAAGGCACAAGUCUUCACAAACAUUC